CUUAAUGCAGGAUGGCAGGAUGGGGCGGUAGUGUACAAAUUGACACAAGAGUUCAUUCACAACCUUGACAAAUUGUCUGAUGAGUUCAGAGAUAAACUUUUUGGACAAUAUGAGAGUGAGGACAACAGUGACAGUGAUAGUGAUGAUGAGGAAACGUCCGUCACUCAAAAACUUUCCCAUGAAGUUCAGGAAGAAGUUCUUCAGAUGUCGAGAAGAAGAAUUAUACGCAGUAGAGCAGGUCAGAACAUUUCAUCAUAUGCUGAACUCAGUGGACAGAGGCAGAAAAGAGGUUCAAGAACACAGAGGACACAUAUGCUGGGGCAAAACACAGAUGAAAUAGUGUCAGCACUCAGAGAUUAA